AUGGGUUCCGUGAAUCAAGGACUACCGUGGGAGAAGAGAGUGGCUGCGAAGCGGCAAGCUUGCGCGGACAAGAUCCCAGCAGCAUGGAGAAUCCCCGAUAACUUCCUGGACAACUUCCAGACCCCCUUGGCAGAGAAGAAGAAUAAUCUUAUUGAAGCCGAAGCGGUUCGAAAAUCAGGAAUCUUGACUGAACAAGAACUGCGAAUUACAGAGAACUACACUGUCGCCGAGCUUCUCUCUGCAUUGGCAGAUGGUACUUUGACAUCGGCCGAAGUAACGCUUGCUUAUUCCAAGCGUGCGGCUGUUGCUCAGCAGUUGGUGAACUGUCUCACGGAGAUUAUGUUUGAAGAGGCCAAGGAGCGCGCUCAAUAUCUGGAUACUCUUCGGGCGCAAGGUCAACUGGUGGGGCCACUCCAUGGCCUUCCAGUUAGUAUCAAGGAUAAUUUCCACAAGAAGGGUACUGAGGCGACAAUUGGAAUGGUAUCUUUCUUGGAUGAAGUUUCGCAGGAAAACUCCCCUUUGGUUGAUAUUCUCCUCAAGCUGGGGGCCGUCAUUUAUGUCAAAACCAAUGUGCCCCAGACAAUGAUGACCUCCGACUCUGAUAACAAUGUCUUUGGAAGAACUCUGAACCCCUGGAAUACCUCAUUGGGGCCAGGCGGUUCGAGUGGAGGCGAGGGUGCUUUAAUCGCUCUCCGAGGCUCCCCACUGGGAGUGGGAACUGACAUUGGUGGCUCGGUCCGAAUUCCGGCUUUAUGCUGCGGAACAUAUGGCUUCCGGCCCAGCGCUGCGAGAAUACCUAACGGAGGAAUGCGGGCGUGCACAACGAGUGGGAUGAAGUUUCUUCUAUCUUGUGCAGGUCCGCUGUCCCUGGAUCUGGAUGGUAUUGAGACAUUCUUCAAGUCCGUUUUUGGUGCUCAGCCAGCUUUGUACGACUCCACUAUCCUCGACAUUCCAUGGCGGCAAGUAUCCGCAAAGCCAAUCUUGAGAAUCGGCAUCUUUCCCGAGAGCCCUGCAUUCCCUCUGCACCCACCUGUCAGGAGAGUUUUAGCCGAGGCGGCCCGCUUGCUAGAGGCUGAAGGUCACAAGCUAAUUCCCCUUGACGUUGAGGAAUGUCAAAUUUUGCGGGCGAAUGAGAUCGCCUGGAAUAUCUUCAGCCUCGACCAAGGUGCCCUGGGCCAUAUUCGGUCAUCUGGGGAGCCCCCAGUUCCAUCUCUAGUUCAUGUUGGCAAGGUAGUUGAGAAGUUGAAGAGCUCGACUCAUUUGACUUUGCCGGACUUGAGCGAGAUGGAUCGCAUGGAAAAGCUGGCUUAUCUCAAUACACUCCGUGCGGAGCUGCGCGAAGUAUACCGGAAAAUGUGGGUGCGACAUGACCUGGAUGUCUGCAUUGCACCUUCAGCUCAAAAUACUGCAGUGGCGCAUGACAUGUUUGCCAUUGCGCCAUAUACCACCAUCUUCAAUUGCCUGGAUUAUCCAUCCUGUGUCAUUCCAUUCGGAAAGGUAGGUGGAUCGGAUGCCAACGAAGCUUUCGAGCUGAAAGAGGAUCAAACUGCACCGCAAUACAAUUUCGAGCAACUUGAAGGCGCGCCAUGUUCCAUCCAAGUAUUUACCACCACCCUGCGGGAUGAAGAAUGCUUGCAAAUGACCAAGCAAAUUGACCAAUGCCUGAAAGGCACAGCCUAG